AUGACGUAUAAUAAUAAUUUAAUAGACUUAAAUACAGAUGUUAAUGAUAAUAAGGAUGGUAUGGAGACAAGAUCAAAAGCUGCUAUAGAACAAAAUUCUAGAGAUGAUGUGACUGAUAAUUUAGAAGAUCAUUUGAAAUAUGUUAAUAGUAUAGGCAGAUCCAAAAGUGUAAGGAGACCACCACCUUCAAAAGAUUUAGAUUUAGAAUUUGAAGACGCAAUGCAAAAAGUAUCAAAAAGGUUUAGUAAAUCACUUGAUCAAUCAGUAAAAGGUUUUCAUGAUUUAAAAAGAAACUUUUCAACUAUAAAAUCAAAAGCUAAUCAGAAUAUAAAUUCAAGGUCUGCAGUUGCUGCUUGUCCCAAGGUAACGCCAUUUUGGAAAUAUCAUGUACUUAAAUUUGGUAAAGAUUUAUAUUUGACAACUAAUCCAGAUAUGAAACAUGUUUAUUGUAGACAAGCACCAAGUUAUUACGUUGAAGUUGAAGAACUGCUGAGUGGUUAUAAAUUAAUUCUCAAAAAUCCAUGUACUUUGAACGUGUUAAUGAUAAUUGAGAAAAAUAACGGUUCCUUUUCAUAUCGUAUUUCAAAAGAUGUUUAUUUAAACGAUGGUAUAUUAACAAAUUAUGAAGAUGCAGCGGUGUUCAAAGGAGUUUCAUUUACUCAACCAAUAUCUCGAAAAUACUUCCCUAUUGAAUCAUUAAGAAAUCAAUUUCCUUAUUAUUUCAAAAAUUUCGAGAUUACUGACUCGUUGCGGAGAACUUGGAAUAUUGGAUCAAUUCCGAGAAUAAGAUUAAGUAGAUUGAAUAAAAUUAAAGAGAACGAAUAUAAAAUGAUAGGUAAACGAAAUAUUUAUUUCCAUCAAAAUUAUACGACUAAUGAUCCUGCAAAAUAUAAAGAAAAAGAUCCAAGGAGAGUAUAUCACCAAGAUGAAGAUGUCAAAUUUCCACCAGUUCUAAGCUGUUUUAGACCAUUCAAGAGGAAGAACAUAUUGAAAGAUAUGAAAAAAUUGAAAAAUAAUUAUGAAGAAAAUCCUUAUGUCAAUGUCAAUGAUGAUAAUGAAGAUACUGAUGAGAAGUAUUAUUAUGGUAGUGACGGGUUAUACUAUUUGUCAAAUACUGAAGAUGACACACCGAAUGAGAAUAAACUAGGAUGGAUUACAGUUUAUGAAGAUCAGGAGGUAUUUAGUGGUGUUGAUAAUAGAGGCAUGUUUAAUCUUGUGUUGGGUAUGACUUUAGCUAUAGGUUAUGAUAGUUGUAUAGAAAUAUAA